AGGGUGUGCAGCUCCGGCCGGCGGGCACACCUCUGGUGCCCAGUGGGGUGGGGAGUCACAAUCAAAGUCAGGGGACAAGGAGCCUCGUAAAAGCGUCACCAGCAGGCAGAAGCCUUUCCAUUGAACUUAGCCCGCUUUUUCUAUCAGAGAGGUGGUGAUGGAAAGCUCGGCUGUAGCUCUGAUCGGAGGGCUGCUGCUGUCGGAUGAGCGGAAGGAAAACGUCCCCGGGCCGAGGGCUAGAGCUGGUGACAGAGCUAGUGACAGGGGUGUCGGGAGGUGCUGCAGGACUGGACGAGCCCGCCGCAAGACGGAGGGAUGGGGCUUCAGCUAUGUGGACCUGGUGGAGGGGCUGCGGGACGGGCGCUUCUACGCCCUGAAGCGCAUCCUGUGCCACGACAAGGAGGACCGCCAGGCCGCCCUGCACGAGGUGGAGAUGCACGGCCUCUUCGACCACCCCAACAUCCUGCGCCUGGUGGCUCACUGCAUGGUGGAGAAGGGCACCAAGCACGAAGCCUGGCUUCUCCUGCCCUAUGUGAAGGGGGGAACCCUCUGGAGAGAGGUGGAAGCACUGCGAGAAAAAGGCACCUUCAUGCCAGAGCAGCGGAUCCUCCUCAUCCUCCAUGGGAUCUGCCGUGGGCUGCAGGCCAUCCACAGCAAGGGCUAUGCACACAGGGACCUCAAGCCCACCAAUGUGCUGCUGGAUGAGGAUGACCAGCCUGUGCUGAUGGAUCUGGGCUCCAUGAACCAAGCUCGCAUCGAAGUCAACAGCUCUCGGGAGGCCAUGGCUGUGCAGGACUGGGCUGCCCAGCGCUGCACCAUCUCCUACCGUGCCCCCGAGCUCUUCACAGUGCCGAGCCAGUGCGUGAUAGACGAGCGUACGGAUAUCUGGUCCUUAGGCUGUGUGCUGUACUGCAUGAUGUUUGGAGAGGGCCCCUAUGAUGCCAUCUUCCAGAAGGGUGACAGUGUGGCUCUGGCAGUUCAGAACCCCCUCACAUUGCCCUCCACAACCAGAUACUCGGCUGCAUUGCAACGCCUGCUCUUCUCCAUGAUGACAGUGAACCCCCAGGAGAGACCCAGCAUAAAUGAAAUCCUCCACCAACUGGAGGGGCUGCAGCCAGCACCAGCGGGGCAGGACACUACACAGAUCUGAGCCUUCCAGUGGUGACACAUCCCGAGGCUGAGCCAGGGGAAAAGCAGCUGCCCUAAUCCCUGCUGCCCUGCAGACCUGUUGCAGAAGGGAUUGAUGCCCUGGGGGAGAGCUGCUGCUCUGUGCUGGAGGUGUGUUGGAUUUGGAGUGUCCUGUACCCUGGAUGCUGCUGCCUGGGCCUUGGUCUGUGCCCCUGAGCUGUGGAUAUGUGAUAUGCUGCUAAACAUGGGUCCCUUGCCAGCUGCUGCCUUCCCUGGGGGUGGCAGAAGAGGAUGUUGUGGGACCCCUCCUGGGGAUGGAGCUGCUGUCCUGCAGCUCUGUGCCCUAGGAAGGUUGCUGCUGCCCGGAGCAGAGCUGCGGGCCGGAUCCCGGUGCUGUGCUGGAGGGAGGCAGAGGGAGUGCCCACUCUGCCAUUGCUCUAGGCACCGAUGUUGCCUUGUGUUUGAAGUAAAGUAUGUUCUUGCAGA